AUGUCUUCUGCUCAUGAUGCCACCACCAAGAUCUCCAUUGACAAGUUCGACGGCGACAACUACGCGACAUGGAGCCGGUACAUGCGUGGCGUGUUCCUGACCAAGUCGACGUGGCACGUGGUGAACCGGGAGACGUCGCCGACCUACGCGGACGAUCGCGCCAUGGACGACUACGUCAAGGCCAACAACGUCGCUUUCGGACUGAUGUUGCUGCACAUGGACGCGGACUACCAUCACAUCGUCGAUGACUGUGAAGAGGCGUGGGUCGCGUGGGCGCGUUUGGAGACGCUGUACGGCGGAUCGCAGAAGGCUGGAAGCAUCUACUUGAAGCGCCAGCUGUUCAGCAUGGAGAUGGCGGAAGGCGGCAAUGUGAUGCAUCAUUGCAACGAAGUCCUCAACCUCAGCGCGAAGCUCAGCAGCACCGGCGCCAAGAUGGAGGACGAGGACGUGGCGAUCUGCUUGUUGCGCAGCCUCCUUAAGAGCUAUGAGAACGUCGUCCUUAUUUUGGAGAUGAGCAGCACGGAACUGCGAUCGCGAGACGUCGUGAGAGUGCUCACGAAUGAGCACAUCAAGAGGCAAGGUGACAAGACGACAUCGGUGAAGACUGAAGACGCGGCGAAGGCGUUCAGUGCCGAGCGUGAACCUCGCCAGUGUACAUGCUGCGGAAAAUUGGGGCACACGGCGGAGCGGUGCUGGACCAAGCAGAAGGACGAAAAUCAAGGUGGAGCUCGACGCGGCGGCAUCAAUGCUCGUGGACGCGGAGCCAACAACGUUCAGUGGCGAAUCAACAGCAACUACGACGACAACUACGAUCGAGUUGCAUUCGCGGUUUCGCUGGAGGCUGGACUUUCGACGGGCAAGAAUAUGCCAGGGAUGUGGGCAGUCGACAGCGGUGCGACGCAUAACAUCUGCAGCGACAAGGCCAAGUUUGCAAGCCUGAAUGAGCGAGAGGAAGGCGAACUAUCAGUGGCUGAUGGCAGCAAGGCUGCGAUCAAGGGUGUGGGAACCAUCAUGGAACGGGUGGUUCUGUCCACUGGUGACGAACGCGACAUUGAGAUCAAGGACGCAUUGUUCGUACCAAGUAUGAGCAAGAAUCUGCUUUCGGUGCCACAGAUCAACAAGGGUGGCAGGUUCCAAGUCGUGUUCGAUGGAUCCAAGAUGCAAGUGAAGCGCAAGAAUUCCACACAAGUCGUGGCAACAGCGGAUCUCGUCGAUGGACUUUACUGGCUGCGGACUCCUCAACGAUCGGCAAAUGCAGCAACACGCAAUGGGACUAUCGACUUGCAUGCGCGCAUGGGUCAUGCACCCCUCGAAGUUCUGCGCAAGAUGGCGGCCAUUGGCCCGCAGAUGUCGAAAUGCAGCAACUCGAACACACCAUAUUGGCGUUUGUCACGGUUGCCAGCAAGGAAAGAUGGUCCAAAAACCAUUCCCAACCAACCGUGA